UGGUGGUGGUUUCAUUCCAUCAUCGUGGCAGAUCUGAAUACCACUCUAUUUUUUUUAUAAUUUUGCUUUGAAACCAAACAAGAGCAAGGCCAGAUAGUGAACGUAACACACAGUUGCUCAGAAUGGAACGCAGAAUCAACAGAAGGGAGAAGGAGAGCGAUGACAAAUGCAACAGUUCAGAAGACGGAGAGCAAAGCACAAACUGCAAGACGGCUCUGGUUACCCUUAAUGUUGGGGGAUAUCUGUACAUCACACAAAGGCAGACCUUAUCCAAGUUCCCGGACUCUUAUCUCGAAGGUGUGGUGAACAGGAGGAUUUUCUGCCCCAUUGAUACAGAUGGACACUACUUCAUCGACAGGGAUGGGCUCCUCUUUAGGCAUGUUCUAAACUUUCUCCGGAAUGGAGAACUCUUACUACCAGAGGGCUUCCAAGAAAACCACCUUUUGGCGCAGGAAGCUGAUUUCUUCAAGCUCAAAGCACUGAGCGAAGCCGUAAAAGCAAGGUGGGAGAAGGAGAAGCAGGCGGCCAGAGAAACCACUUUUCUAGAAAUCACAGAUAACCAUGACAGGUCUCAAGGGCUGAGGAUCUUCUGCAAUGCCCCCGACUUUAUAUCCAAAAUAAAAGCGCGCAUUGUCCUGGUUUCUAAAAGCAGACUGGACGGCUUUCCUGAGGAGUUCUGCAUUUCUUCCAAUGUUAUCCAGUUUAAAUAUUUCAUCAAGUCAGAAAACGGGACCCGGCUUGUGCUGAAGGAAGACAAUACCUUUGUUUGCACCUUAGAAACUCUCAAGUUUGAAGCCAUCAUGAUGGCACUCAAGUGUGGCUUCAGACUCCUGACAAGCCUUGACUGCUCGAAAGGGUCGAUUGUGCAAAGCGAUGCACUUCAUUUUAUCAAGUAAUGACUCCAUCGCUAAACAAAGGGAGCCAAGCAUGCAGCAAGCCUCAUUACACAGCGGCAGUCUGGAAUAACAAGACAUACCCUGCAAGCAAAGGAGACCUGCUGCCAACCCAUACCGGAGGCAAGGGUAUGUCCAUUUCUGUUAAAACAUGAUGCCCCUAUUUACACAGGCUGCAGCAAAUCCUCCGCUUUAUAGGCGCAGACUAGUGCUUCCACGAACAUGGCUACCAUCCAAUGAAAGGGUUAAGUCUCUGUUCUUCACCCUGCCAGCCCUGCCGAAACGCAGUGUGUACUCAUUUUUAUUUCUUUGGCUGAGGUAAACAGAGCCGCUCUCUCCAUGGCCAUCAAGUCUACAAAGCACAAUGUCUUCGAUUCAACAUUCAGGAUUUGGAGAAAGGCGACGUCUCCUUCCCAUGUACAGUCUAUAACAUCUAGACUUAAAGGGAUAUUUGCUUUUCACAUCCAGUUCUUUUCUAGGGACACAAAAAUCCAGACAGUGAAUGCUGUGAUGCUUUACUAGUCAUUUUCUGCCGUUCGGUUGCAUGUUCACCCUCCACUCAUAGAAGGUUACUUGAGGUAAGAGGUACAAGCAGUUAACUAUAUGUACUGUAGAACUGAAAGGUGGGAGGACAUUGGCAAAGCUGGAAGUACCACGAGGCAGAAUGUGCUCACACAUGGUCAAUCACUACAUAUGCAGUGAACAUUGAGACUAUCUCACCGAAAACAGCUAAAAUAGUCAAAAUGAUUGGAUCCAACUACUGCUUGACCAAAGGAACAUUUUACCAACUCAGAUGUUCUUCUUGCUGUAUAUGUACUGAGCAAAACAUUUAAGCCCCAUUAUGGGGAGUAGCAAAACGUAUUCUAGUGAAUUAUGUCUGGAUUUAAGGGCCCACUGCUCUGCCAUCUUCUGUGCUUAAACCAACCUACAUCAUGGCAUAGUGCAGCUGCCCAUCGGCUGAGGAGCGGGUAACCUGGCUGCACCAGCGGAGCACCAGCUUACGCAAGUUUAACAAGUUGCUGGCUACAUUUUGCACUAUUUCAAGCAUAUGGAUAAAAUAUCAUUAACAUUUGUAAGGUUUUUCUUUUUGUAUUAUACUGUAGUAGACUCGAUGCCAGGUUUUGUACUAUUUAAUGGAUGUGUGUAAACAGUCAAAUAUUUGUUACUAUAAUGCAGUAACGGGUGUCACCCUAAAAUGAUCAUAUCAACGUAUAUAUAUGACCUACUGUAUUUAGCUCCUUACUAGUUUGUGACAGACAGCCAAUGGAAGGAUAAGGGGUUUUAUAAUGGAGAAAGGUUAGAAAAAGCACACAAGGCAAUCCAACAGCACAACCCCCCUGCUAGUGAUAGGGUAGUUACUCAUUUAUUAUGGUCUCGUCGGUGUUAAAGUCCAACUCCACUCAAAAUCAGGUUCUGCCAAUCAGUUCUCAUGAAUGGCACAGUCUUCAACUCCAUAGGUAGGUACUUUUCUUGGUGGUUCUGAAUACUGAGAAGCUGCUAUUGGUUAGUAUAGAAUGGACUGUCCUUUAAGAGCACCUUUCACAUCUCCUGAUAGUUUUUAGCAGCUUCUUGCAUUGUCCUGCAGUCAGGAACGUCUAAUGACUAUUUUGCAUCUUUCCUCUACUAUUCCUACUUGAAGUUUUUAGAUGAAUUCCGAGCAGUCUGCAGUACAGGUCCAACUGGGUGUUAUCAGUGGGGGCCUGUCCCAGCAAAGUCUGCUUCAGGUAACAGUGACUGGAUAGUAUCAGACUGCGCAGGGAAACCCCUCAACUGGUAGAACCCAGUUGUACAUUUAUUGCAAACUAGUAGGAAUACUAGAGGACUGGCACAACAAAGUUAGGCUGCAUGCACACGACCGUGACAUUUUUUGCGGUCAGCAAACUGCGGAUCCGCAAAAAAACGGAAGCCGCCCGUGUGUCUUCCGCAA